GGCAAUGGUAACGGCAUGCAAUACGGCACCAACGGCCUUAUGAUAAGCCCUAUGAAGAUAGACCUAGGUGGAGUAGCUUUGGGGGCACUUAUUGGUCUAGGGGCCAUUCUAAUCGUACCAAAACUAGCCCAUGUGCUAUCGGGAGGUCUUGGAGGAUACAGAAGUCUGGAAAACGAAAUGUCCUCAGUGACCGAUAUCCUAGCAAGGAUAGACAACUCCCUAGAACAACAAAGCAUCGAUAGUAGCACUUGUAUACAAAGAAUAAUCUGUUCCUAUGUCCACGAUGCAAGAAAGAAUAUCAAUAAUGGGGAAGCUAAUGGUGUAGAUGAAUUUAUUUUUGGAUUGACGAACAAUACCUUAUUUUCUUAUAUGACGGACGGAACUGGAAUAAAACACGCUGUGGAAAUGGGAAAGACUGGAACUUUGGAAAAUUGUUCACCAUUCACCGCAAAAUGUCCGAUUACUAGGGAUAAUGUUAUGAAAGUGAUUUCAAGCCUAUUACCUGCUUAA